AUGUCGUUCAGUCUCGAGAAGCAUAUGCGACUGUCGGAGUGGCGUAACGUAAGACCGGUGACCAGCUACAUCUGUCCGAAAUGCAACGCGGGCUUCCGGAGGGCGUGGGACCUGAUUAGGCAUAAAUGCGGCCAAACGCCGCGAUACGCGUGUCCGUAUUGCCACAAAAAGGACAAUUCGUCCUCGAACGUUUACAGACACAUCAGGCGGUGGCAUCCGAAUCAUCCCGUCGGUGCCCGCCAGAACGCAGCCGCAGCCAGGAAGCGGCGCAAAGUGUACUCCCUGAACAAGAGUCACUACUGCCCACGCUGCAACCGCGGCUUCACCCUGAAGAAGAACAUGACGCGGCAUCUGCGCCACGAGUGCGGGAUGGCGCCCAAGUAUCAGUGCCCGUACUGCGACAAGCUCUCGAAAUUCACGCAGAACAUUUACGCGCAUAUCCGAAAGUAUCAUCCCGAUCAGGCCUUGUGCUUCAGGCGGUUACGGUCAUUCUCGAUUUCAGGUGCUGCCAGGAGACGCCAAUACGCUUCACCUUCGAAGCGGUUCGUCUGCAAGCGUUGCAACAGACGAUACGUCCGCGACAAGGGCCUGAGGAGGCAUCAGAUGUACGAGUGCGGCAAAUCACCACGCUUCAAGUGCCCGUAUUGCGGCAGUCGGGCCAAACGCCGCUCGACCAUUUACGUUCAUGUGCGAAUGAAACAUCCCGGGAUGCACGUAUGGACGGUAGAUCUCGGUAAAGAAAUCCGUCUCGCGUCAACCUGUGCUUUUACAGCUCUCUACAGUCGCUCCUGCUACGCCGACGUCGCGUCCACCGUCACCACCGGUCACCGGCGCCGAUUCCGUACCAGAUUAGGUGCGUCCAUGGGCGGUACUUCGUCACCCGGUACCUAUGAGUGCCCCAAGUGCCGCAAGAUCUACAAAUGGUACCGCGGGCUGCACAGACACCUCGAGUACGAGUGCGGCAAGACGCCGCGCUUCAAGUGCCCGCACUGCGUUUACAUCGGCAAGCAUCGCUCGCACGUUUACUCGCACAUCAAGAGCAAUCAUUAUAAUCGGCCCAUCUACGCAAUCGACCUUCAGCAAGACUGAAAUCGCUUCAACGAACGAGUGAAUGAAUUCUUUUCUCGCACUUCCUCCCGAAAUGGGACAGAUCCCGACAGAUUUUACCGGUUUUCGACGCGCAAUACUGUCGUUCGACGCACGAAUAAAAUUUAAUAAAGACCCGCGUGUGAUUUUAUGAUGUAUAUAACGAUGACAUCACGCGAGCUGUGGGUCAGUGUAAAUGAAGAGUCCUAUUGUUUAACAUGAUAGGUGUCUUCGGACAUUAAAAACGUUUUGACGAUUUUGGUCGGAUGGCUUUAAACUUAUUUAGUCAGUUAACUAAUGCCUGUGAUCUCAGCCUAUGCAUCAGCGAAACAAUGAGAAUGUUUAUUUUUCGAGUAUAAUAAGCCGCUGUUGUGUAUUUUAUUUUAUGGUAUCCAAUUCGAUUAUCGGCAUUUCUAACGUUAACAAAUCAUAUUUAUUAAUGGGUUUUUAUUUAUUAUAUAAUGGAUAUUUAUUUUGAUGACAAAUUGACCGUUUUUGUUAUAACUUUAUCUGAUAUAUAUUAAUGUUGACUAUUUAUGUAUUAUCUUGUCAUUACGUAUGCCAAGGUAUGCGAAAUCUGUAACGUUCUUCGAGAUACCGAAAUUGCACUAUAACUGUUUGCAACUUAUCGGUAAUAAACAAACGUCGUUUAAUACCAAAACCGUUGAAUAUUGUACAUAGUUCUAAAUUAGGUUUACAAGACCUGCAAUACUGUCUAUAGAAAAGUACUUUUGUCCUUAGAAAUGUAAAUGUCCUUUUGCCAAAUGUUUCUUCUAUCUUUUGAUUUAUCUCUUUUUAUGUUCUUAUCUUCUGCCUUUACUGUCGUGUUGUUUAACUUGAAUCACCAAUAUUGUUGUGGCGAUCCUACAGAUUAUUACUUUCUCAACGGCACAGAUUUCUCGGCGAUCUCUCCGAUAGCACAGCAAGGUUGGCAAGGAGGGAGUUCUUCACAGGUGCUCGAGCGGGAAAUGUCGAAAACUUGUACGCGAGCCUCGCUCCCGUCAUGUCACUUCCCGCCGCGAGUUCCGACAUCGAGUUAUCCUCGAGGGUCAAGACGAAGUACGAAGAAGCUCGCGCGCGGAACUUGCCCCGCGCGUGUGUGUCGACGCGUGUUCCUCCUCCGCUAACCGGCUGCGAACUCUCUUUUUCCAGAUCCGUUUCUGAAGUGGUCCGUGCAGAGCACCCAUAACAUCGAAUACAUCCAGAACCUCUUGCCCCGCCACCAGUGCCCGAAGUGUCACCGCAGCUACAAACACCGUAGUCACAUGAUGCGGCAUUACAGAUACGAGUGCGGCAUACCGCAGCGAUUCGAGUGCCCGUACUGCAAGCACCACUUGCGUCAGCGUACGCACGUGUGGACGCACAUACGCACGUUCCAUCCGGAUCGCGAGCUCUACUGCAUCGACAUCGCCACCAACUUGAGGCUCUCCUGGCAGGAAGUGCACCGAAGCGAUUGAGACAUAUCGUUCGCCGAGCGAUCCUGCCUUUAGUCGUUUAGAAAAUUAAUUUAAUUACAUCCCACGAGAUAUCUAAUCGGUAUUGGUUGACAUGCUUCGGAAAGAAGAAUUUACGUGUACUUUCCAUUUUUUAUAUUUAUAUGUUGUUUCAAUUUUUUUUUUAAUAUCUUAAAUUUAUGACUCUGCACAGGAUAUGCGAGUAAAAUCUCCGUAUUCUGUAUCUCGUAACGUAAUUGCCGUAAUGCGUAUUGCACAUAUUAAUUAAAAAUUUUGUAUAGGUACAAAAAAUUAUAAUUAAUAUGUACAAUAUUAUGGAAAUUACACCAAAGAAUACAAUGUGAUAUGAGAAUCAUGACUGUCGAGACCUCAGAUGUAUCUUAUAUGUUUAAUUAUUUUAAUACUUUAUAAAAUAAGUUAAUUAUUUGAAGAGCCUUUUCUCGAGACACUUUGAGAAGUGAAAAUUUGAAAGAUUAGCCUCUUGGAAAAUUUGUGAAUUACAAGCGGGCAACGCUAUAUAUAUAGGUCUUCUAUAAAUAUGUAUAUAAAACAAAGUUUUUUUCAGUAUCUAUAUUAAAUGUGUUCCUAAGCUCAAACUGUCGCUCUAGAAUUUACAGGGACGAUUGUAUAGCUGGUGCCAAAAUGGUUGAAACAUUUUUCAAUGACUCUUGAAAUGCAUUCGAUAUCAAAGUUUGUUUUCCAGUUUCUUUGGAAGACAAAAUUACCUGAAUAUCAGAUGCGUUUUGAGAUUCACUAGAAAGUAUUUGAAAGAAUGGUUUCAACAAUUUUUACACCAACUACAUUAUAAAUACUAUCUUAUACGGAUAUCUAUCACGAAAGGUUUCGCUGUUCAAGCGAAAAAUCUAGUUAUAUAAUCGUGGUAGAUUUUAUUUUCAUGACAAACCUUUAAUCGUCUUUAGUGUUUUCCCACUUUUAGGUCGUAGAUCAAUACGAAACAUAAUGAAUUGCAUUUCACAAGUCACGUUUCGUUUGCCGACGAGACGAAUCUACGUUGUGCUACCGGUAAAUGUAUAAGAAAACCAUAACUAUACAUGGAUAUGGCUGCUCUGCCCCUCGUCUUCGAAUAUCGAUUUUAAACAAUAAAUUCGAGUAUCUUCGAAUUAAGAAUACGUGAUACGAGUUAUUGCGCACUAAACAUUUUAUAUGACAGUUUUUUUAAUUAGAGAAUGUGUAAUGAAACGUUCGUUGAUCUUGCGAUCUUGCGUGCACCAAUAAAGACAACUAUCAUUCGA